CGCUUUUACAUAGUGCAGCCUAUUGUCUCGAAUCCAUAAUCCAGACGGUAGAGCGGCUCCGGCGCAGUGUCACGUACACAAGAAAGAGAGACAUCUCCAAGUAGUCGCAACUGAGACCUUCAAUUCCUGAGGUCUUAUAGACGCGUGGCACCUGGAGCUCUCCGCGUGACAAAGCCAUUACAUUCGAGACAAAGGUCUUGGGGGGAGAUUCCAUUCCGGAUCCAGGGGUCAUCGGUUUUUCCACGGUCAUAUAUCCAUAGGUCAACGCUUUCCUUGAAGCGCUCACGAGCCAGGCACCUUUUGCAACCACUUACCCUUCUAUUUGGCCGACACCCUUUCCCGUCAACCAACACCGCCAUAAUGUGGAAGCUUGCCACGACGGCACUGUCCGCCGCUGCAUCGUUCAGCACGCUUGUUACGGCAGACCCUCUCUCAAACUGUAUAGAAAAUGACGUCUGCUUCCAAGUCGGUGUUCCCACUGCGUCGGCCUCUUCAGGUCAAGGAAAUAUCUACUACCAGAUGCGGGCCUCGACACGGUACUCGUGGGUCGCCAUCGGCCAGGGCGACCAGAUGGCCGGUGCCAACAUCUUCGUCAUGUACGCCAACGGCCGUGGCAAUGUGACCGUCUCGGCGCGUGCUGGGCGGGGCCAUAUCAUGCCACAGGCAGACAGCAGCGUCCAGAUCCAGCUCCUCGCCGGCAGCGGCGUCUCCAGCGACGGCAAGACUAUGGUGGCCAACUUUGUCUGCUCCAACUGCCAGCGCUGGGGCGGCGGCCAGAUGAGCCUCUCGAGCACCACCGCAGACUACAUUGGCGCCUACCUCGUCGGACAAGCCCCGAGCAACGGCGCCAGCACCUCGGCCAGCAUCGGCCAGCACGACUCGCACGCUGCCUGGCAGUUUGACCUGACCCGGGCGACCAUUGCCAACAACGCCAACCCAUACGUGACCUCCUCCGGCUCCGGCAGUGGUAGUGGCAGUGGCAGCGGCAGCGGCAACGGAGUCACCCAGAUUUCCAGCGGGACGAGCACGACCCGUCUCAUCAUGAUCCACGGAAUCAUCAUGACCGUGGUCAUGGUAGUUCUUUACCCGCUCGGCUCGCUGCUCAUGCCGCUAGUCGGCAGCUGGAUCGUCCAUGGCGGCGUCCAAGUCGUCGCCUUCCUGCUCAUGUGGGCGGGCUUUGGCAUUGGCUACGUUGCCUCGCGCAGCACAGUGGGUUUCGGCGCUACACACACCAUCUUCGGCACAGUCAUCGUCGCCCUCUUCGGCAUCCAGCCCUUCCUCGGCUUCGCCCACCACGCGUACUACAAGAAGCACCUCCAGCGCGGCGUCAUCAGCCACGCGCACAUCUGGUACGGCCGCGCCAUCAUGGUCCUCGGCGUCGUCAAUGGCGGCCUGGGCCUCCAGCUCGCCGGCUCGGACGACGCGUUUGUCAUUGCCUACUCGGUCGUCGCGGCCGUCAUGUUCGUCGCCUACGUGGCCGCCAAGGGCUUCGGCGUCUUGCGGAAGCGCAGAAGGGCGGGUUUGUCUUCGGGCAGCGGCGCGAGUGGCGAGCAGAUCCGCAGCAAGGAGCAGACGUCCCACGUUUCGCCGGCCGGGUCUUAUGGCGGCCGGUGAGUUUUGACAGAUGCUGGCGAUUGCUUAGUGGUUUUUUUCUUUUAGUGCGUGGGUUUGUGGGUGUGUUUGGGUGAAGGGGUGUACAACUCUCGUCCUUCCUGUACUUUUGUCUUCCGAGUGUACGAUUCGGUCGGGCCUUCUUCUUGGGUAUACAAAGAGCUUGCAAGGGUUUCCAUUCCUGUCAACGUAGAACUGCCAGGGCCUUGUAGUUGUUUAGAUAAGGGGCGAAAAAAAAAAAAAAAAAAGAAA